GCGAGGCGGCUUAUGUGAAUUGCAUUUCCAAUGUCCUAUAGCCUGCAUGUUAUGGGCAUUUAAGUGAAACUCUCUUUUGAGAGUGUGAUUUCAUGGAAUAUUUCUCUGGCACACUUAAUAUUCGAAUAUAUGAAGCAGCUGAAUUAAAACCGACAGCUUGUGCAACUCGUCAUGCGGUUGGACCAGCUGCUAAAUUAUAUGAACUUUUAGAUCCCUAUGUGACAAUUGAUGUGGAUGAUAAUGCAGUUGGUAAAAGUUCCACGAAAUCCCGUACAAAUAUACCACAGUGGAAUGAAGAUAUUUGUGCAAGAAUCAAUUAUGCUCAACAACUUACAUUUACUGUAUAUCAUGAUGCUGCUAUUCCCCCUGAUGAUUUUGUUGCCAUCGUUGAAUUGGCUUUACGAGAUGUUCGAUUUGGUGAAGAUAUGUGGUUGGAAUUGGAACCUCAAGGAAAAUUACUUAUACGUAUUGAUUUGGCUGGUACGAGAACGGAUGAACCGCCAAGAGACCGUCCAGGAUUUCCUAGUCGAGAUAGUGCUAUUGGCGGCGUACAUGGGAAACAUUAUCGUUGUGGUGCACUUCGUCGUAGAAUUCACCAAGCAAAAGGUCAUAAAUUUCAAGUUACAAGUUUGCGCCAAUUUACAUUUUGUUCAUUGUGCAAUGGAUUUAUUUGGGGUUUAUGGAAUCAAGGUUAUCAGUGUCAAGUAUGUACAUGCGUUGUUCACAAACGUUGUUAUUUAAAUGUAAUAACUCAAUGUCCUGGUGUAAAGUCACCUCCAAGUUGUCCGACAGCUGCUCUCCAAGUAAGUUCAUUAAGAUGACAAAUGGAUAAUACUAGUUAGAUGCAUAAGUAAAGUUUACUAGUCCAAAAGUGUAAAUGGUCAUCUUUAAAUGUAAUGUAGUUUAUUUGAAUUAUGUCAUAGCAAUAUCAAUUCAGUGAUUAUUCAAACGAUAUUAUCUUUAUAUCUCAGCAUCUUAGUCUAUCACCUAUCUACACUACCAAGUCAUGAGUUCGAAUAUUACUUUAUAUAUCAAAGUUUAAGUAACUAGAUAGUAUCAGUAACCAUCCUUCCAACCUGUUUCAUAAAUACUUUCACAUAACUACAAGCUUGAUGAAGCUGUGAAUCUUCAUCAUCUAUGAUGAUUGGAAGGUUUGUUACGUAUGCCGAACCACCGUCCACCUCGACGGGUAAUGUUUGCUAGUACAAAAGUCGGUUGGAAGAAAGCUAGUGACUGCCUAAUUGAAAAACGGCAUUAAUCUAUGAAACCAUAGACUGUUGAUGUGAACCAUUUAGGCAGAUGCAGACUAGUUGGUUUAGGUCUGCUCAAAAAUCGUGGCUAGUGACUGAAGACUUUGAGGGAUAAGGUUCAGAAUCUUUCACACUGCCACAGUUCCAUCCACUCCUUAUCUUUCACUCGAUCUUGAAUUCUAGUAUUCCCUCAUACAUAUUUUUACACUCUUUCUUUUUGAACUAUAUUUUCACUCUUCAGUCUUACUUUUUGCUGUACGUUAGUGAUAACUAACUAACUAAUAGUGUCAUAUUCAUUUUAUUAUCAAAUGAUCUAAUACAAGUAAUUUUUAAGACCUAUAAUUUCAUGAGUAAAAAUUCAAUUUAAACUAAUUCAUUGUUUUCCAAUCUAUCUAACACUAAACUUUCAUUUUAAAUCCUUGUUAUUUUUUACACUGUAAUUGUCGUGAUUUGUAACAAAUCUCUCCAUGCAGAGAAGAGCUAAAGCAUACAACCACCUCUUUCCUUCAUGCUAAAUUAACGGUAAGAUAAAAUGGUAAAGUUGAUCAAUUUCAUUUUAUUGACAUUUCAGAAAUAGCUUUGGUUAAAAUGUGCAGUAACAGUACACUACUCCUUGGAGGAAAAUGACAGUGAUAAUGAUUUCUCACUUCAUAGUGAAAUAUAAGCUACAUAAAUCACACUUAAUCAGUUGACGACCGACAUUAAUUAUUGUAUAUAAUUUACACUGACGUAAACUACUACAAAAGCUAUGGAGGUUUUUGUCUGGAUCCACAUUUUGUGAUGAGCCACUUAAAAUAAGUUUAUUUAUUCAAGUAACUGUUAGUAUAUGGUGUCGGUAGUUAUGAUAAAUGAGAUCGAUAUACGUAUAAUAAAACCUAUAGACAAUUUGGCCGAUCAAAUAGCUUUACAGAUAGUUAUAAAUUGGCAUUAUCUAACUUUUUUCCUCCAACACUAUCUUUCACAUCUCUUUUGUUUGUUUUUCUUUCUAUCGUUUACUAGAGUCGCUUCAAUAUUAAUGUUCCUCACAAAUUUCGAAUUCAUACAUUUAUGCGUCCAGCAUUUUGUGAUCAUUGUGGUUCUUUGCUAUUCGGUUUAAUGCGUCAAGGUUUACAAUGUGAAGUUUGUCGUUUAAAUAUUCACAAAAGAUGUGAGAAAAAUGUUGCAUCACAUUGUGGAGUAAACACACGUAAUCUAGUAGCUGCAAUUCGACUAUGUGGACUUAAUCCAUCUGAUUUAGGUGUUAGCCCAUCAGGUACAACUACACUGACACCAGGACCUGGAGUUACCGGUCCAAGUCGAACUGCAAGUACUACUAUUUCUUCAGUUCGUCCUAUAUCGGCUGGUUCACGUGGUGUUGGUCCUUUCGGUGCUUACGGUGAUGUCGUUUUCUCAACUUCACCUGGACCUUUAAAACCAAGUAAAGGUGAUGCCGGUUUUUCUAGGUGAGUGAUAAGAUUAAUUUAGCUGAAUCUUUCUAAUAUGAUUAUUAAACGUCUAUACACUAAUCAUCAACAUUAAUCAUAUAAUAGUUUCCCCUCUCUCUCAAUUUAUUUCUCCAUAUUUGGUGGUACGAGAGAUUAUCUUUUAUAAAUACAUGGGCUACGUUAGGAUGUUUUUUUCUGUUAUUGGUGUUGUUGAGUAAUUCCCUGAGCUCGAUGAUUUAAUCGCAAAGCCUUCAUUGUUCUAGAUAACAUCAUCAGGAUCGACUUCAUUUAGUAAGUGAGCUCUUAUAAUGUUACACUGUGAAUGACGGCGAAAGCUCAGCAAUUGAACCAUCUAACCCAGAGAACUCAUCAACAUCAAAAAUAUCCACCUAAGCUACAAAUCCUCAUUAUCUCACUUCGUACUAGAUUGUAAAUUUAAUAAACUAUAAAAAACAUUUUACUUGUACUGUGUACUGUUCAUUAUGCUAUUUAUAUUUUCUAGAAGUUAUAAAUCGGUUUUCCGAGCAGUUAUGAGCGGCCAAACCAAAACGUGAUAUUAGUCCAUGAAAUCGUCGACUAGUGGUCUAAGCCAUGUAGGUAUAUGCAUACUACCUGGUUGAUGUCACCAUGAUAAUCGUGAUCAGCGGUUGAAGAUGUUAGGUGACAUGGCUCCGAAUUGUUUUCAGUGGUGCAGUUGCAUUCAGUCUAUCUUCCCCUCGAUUUUGAACUCCAGUAUCCCUUCAUCCAUAUGUUUUAACUCGGUCUUUUAAAAUCACGUCCCUACGAUUAAGUUUUAGUUUUUAUCACAAAUGCUACAUUAUUUCAAUUUCUCGGUAUUUUCAUCUUGUCAUGCUAGUCAGGUAUAGCAACUUGGCUCAACACACAAACUGUGCCAUGCUUUAUGUUGACAUCUACAUAUAUCAUAUUUAUUGACUCGAAAAACCAAAAUAAUCAUCUCAGCAACUGGAUAGUUAUUUAUUCAAAAGGCUUUGUUAAGUUGUAGACGAAAUUAAUUUGAAAUAUUUCAAGAAUUCUCUUAGCUGUUGCUGCGUUUGAAGAGAUUAUAAUAUCACUUAAACCGGGCGAACGGGACGAAAAUCAACAAUACAACAGGAUAAGCUAAACGGUUCCAUUGCACCCCAGCGCUGCUAACUAGAGGAAGCAGACUAGAUUCAGCCGAGGGAAAUGUUUAUUCUACAAACAGUCAGAGAACGAACAAAGAACCACACAAGUACGUAUAUAAACAAUACAAAAAUGUCCUUGGGAAACACCACAAAAUAGCGUACUAAAAGCAGAAACGAACCAGUGACAUUUAAGAUGCUUCCAAGUAGGAAAUACAAACUGAAGGUAAAAGUGGGUGCUUUUAGUGCGAAAAUGAGAUAUUCAAAUUUCCAAAAUAAAACUGCAAAAAUGAGUCGUUUACCAAGUGAUUUCUGGGGAUCUAGCAACCCCAACAACCGUUUAUAUGAUGAUAUUUUAUUGCUCACAAAGUCACAGCAUUAUGGUAUAUAUGCAUAUAAUGUUUCUUUAAAAGUGAGUAUACACCAUAAAAAUACCAUUUACAAAUGUAGUCGCACCAAUAAAGACAUUGUUAACUGAACACAUGGUCUUCGUUGAGUGUGUACAAGCUAAUCUCAAACGUCGAAGGAAAAAAAAUUGGUCUUUUUCAACCAAAUUGAUUGUCGCAUUAACGACGUGCUUGUUUUUAAAUCAACAUGUAGUAUAUACUUUAACGUAGGAUAGGUUUAAAUCCAUACAUUUGUAAAGAAUUUAAAUUAAUCCUAAAAUCGUUUUAUUAAAUAUCACAAUUUUUAUUUUAUAUUAUUAUUCAUUUGAACACAUAAAUAUUGGUACAAAGGUGCACCGAAUACAUGUGCGCCACACAAGUCACUUUGUUUGUGUAUGGGCUGGGAUACUGCCCGGGUGUCCAGACCGAAGCAGGUGGUUUUCUUAGAGGGCCACACCCGGAGCCUUUGACCCAAAAUGUCUAGUCCACAAGGCAGUGGAGCAACUUAGGGAGAUGCAGUACCAUAGUGGCCGGUGACCAACCAUAUGUUCGACCCCCUAGGUGGACCCUUCGUGUCCACCAACUCGGUUAAUGUGCCGGACAUUCGCUUUUCGUCCUCUCAACUUCGUAAACAACACCCCACCACAAAAAGGCAGUGAGUAGGACUCCCCUGGCAGUGGCUGUAUACGCAUAGCCACGUGAGAGCAUUUCGAGAGGGAGAGUUAACUCUCCUCACCCUCGACCGUACCAGGGCAUUUUGAUUAAUAUAAAGAAAUCACAGUAACAACUAAACAAUAUUACAAUGUAUUCCUACUUAAUAUCUAUUCAACUUGUAUAUUAACAUUCAAAUAUACAUGAAUAUAUUUUCAUCUAAUGACUUUUUUUCACAUCUGCACAUGAUUAUAUAUUGAAUGUUGUAUGAACUCCAGUUCACUUCAAUGAUCCGUCAUUUACAAAACGUAUAACAUUAAAGAAUAUAUAUAUGGUUGGGAGAAAGUUAGGGGCAGCCAAACCAAAACGUGGCAUCAGUGCAUUAAGUAACUAAUUUCUAGUCUGAGCCAUGUUGAUAGAUGCAGACUACUUGGUUGGGUCCGCGUGACUUUCGUAACCAAUGGUUGGAGACUCUUGGUGACUUGGCUCAGAAUCGAUCACAAUGGUGUCAGUGUAUACACUCUUUGUUUCCCCUUAAACUAUGGGAUUAAAAUCGCUUCAUAUCUUUCUUUCUACGUACUAAUUCUUUCUUCCUGUACUAGAUCCUUAUAUGCAAUCUUUCUUUUAUAUAUUUCUACCAUUGAAGUAACUACAAUGAAUUUGGUUUUCAUGUUGUUGUGCUAAUGCAGUAUGGCAACUUGGACCGAUGUGCCUGGUCCUAGACUUUAGCUGACUGACUAACAGGAAUUACCUUCACAAUAGGUUUUAAACUAUUUUUUUUAAAAAAGACUUCUGAUUAAAUACAUUAGACAAUGAUUGACAGCAAAAAUAUUUUUUCUAAAAUGUUUUUGUAGUAUUUUGUCAAAUUAGAAAGUGAUAUAGUGAGCUAAUCAGAAGUAGUGUAAUGAGAAGGUCGGCGAGAUUAUAAUUUAUGGACGAACCGAUCAGAUUUAAGAUAACAGAUUUUGGGUUUUAGCGCGAAAUUCAUCCUCAUUUGUCUAAAUACUAUUUCGGCAUUAUAGCCGGUUUCGGUUCGUGAUGUAAACAUUAAAUCCAAUUUCUAACCAUCAACUGUAAAUCACAGUUCUAAUUCCUCUCACUGGUUUAUAAUCAUUUAGUCCUAGUUAGUAGUAGGUGGGCAUUUUCAAGGUCACCUUCAAGUCAGUCACUCAAGGGCUGUCCAUAAAUUAUGGUCUGACCAGAAGGUCAAUCGAUGGCAACUAGAAGUGACCUAAAACGACAAGUGCAUUUCAUUAGCUAAGAAAUGGGCCGAUUUCCUAAGAAUAGAGCAUCAUAUAUAUGAAUGAGAAUUUGUGCAUUUUAUUCGGUAGUCCAAUAUACUUUCUUGCUCAGGUAGUCAGUUGGGGGGUUAGGGCGUAGCAAACCAUGUAUCAGUAUCAGAUUUCGAACACUGCCCGUCGCAACAGAAAGCAAAUGACUUAGAAAUUCGAUCACUCUACCGAUAUUAAUUUUAUCUGGAAUCGUAAGAUUUGUAACUGUAACUAUAAAAUCAAACAAUACAUUUUUACACAAUAGGGCCCAUAUAAAACUGACUAUAAUAGGAGAACUUGCUUCCUACCUUCGUCUGGUCUAAAAGAGCUCAAUGAUCAUUAAGCGUUAAGAUCUUGUCUGUUGUUGGUCGGUCGAUCUGUCAAUUGGUACUCAGAAGGUCACCGAUCCUACUGGCAAAAUAAAUAAACUAAUCGACAAUUAGAAUCUUUAUCGUCCAAUCUAACACUUAAUAUCGAUUAGCGUCUCGCAUCACACCGGAAAGUAUAUCCUUAUCUCUUUCUAUCACCAUAGAUAUAAAGUAAUUUGAUCUUACUCAACAUAUACACAUCAUAAUCCACGGUUAUACAUAUCAAAUACUUUGACAGUAAUUGAGCGCCGAG